CCCCUCCCCGUCUCGCUCUUUUCUCUGCUCUGGAUCCUCCCCCAACCUCCCCCUCAGUUCCAUCCUUCUUCUCUUUUACUCUUCAACUUCUUCCCCCUCUCCCCUUCCCCCCCCACUCUCUUCCUCCUAUCUCCCUUCUACAUAAUCCUCAUCUAAACAAUGUCUGUCGUCGGUAUAGAUUUUGGUGCCCAGAGCACCAAGGUCGGUGUUGCCCGUAACAAGGGUAUUGAUAUUAUCACCAAUGAAGUUUCCAACAGAUCUACUCCUUCCCUGGUUGGCUUCAGCGCCAGAAGCAGAGCCCUCGGUGAGGCCGCUAAGACACAAGAGACCUCCAACCUCAAGAACACUGUCGGAAACCUGAAGCGCCUGAUCGGCCGCGCAUUCAGCGACCCCGAUGUUGCGAUCGAGCAGGAGUACAGUACGGCUCAACUUUGCGAUGUCAACGGCCAGGCCGGCGCCGAGGUCAGCUACCUCGGAAAGAAGGAGAAGUUCUCUGCGACUCAGCUCGUCGCCAUGUACCUGACCAAGAUCCGGGACAUCACCUCCAAGGAGCUGAAGCUUCCCGUCUCCGACGUCACCAUCAGUGUCCCCGCUUGGUUCACCGAUGUCCAGCGCCGCGCCAUGCUCGACGCUGGUGAGAUCGCUGGCCUCAAGGUUCUCCGCCUGAUAAACGACACCACCGCCACCGCUCUCGGUUACGGUAUCACUAAGGUCGACCUGCCCGGUCCCGAGGAGAAGCCCCGUCGCGUCAUGUUCGUCGAUAUCGGCCACAGCGACUACACCGCCUCCAUCGUCGAGUUCCGCAAGGGUGAGCUGAACGUCAAGGCUACCGCCUAUGACCGUCACUUCGGUGGUCGUAACUUCGACCGUGCCCUGACCGAGCACUUCGCCGAUGAGUUCAAGGAGAAGUUCAAGAUUGAUGUCCGCUCCCACCCCAAGGCCUGGGCUCGUACCCUUGCCGCUGCCGAGAAGAUGAAGAAGGUCCUCUCGGCCAACCCUGCCGCUCCCAUGAGCAUCGAGUCCCUGAUGGAGGACGUCGACGUCCGCGCCAUCGUCAAGCGUGAGGAGCUGGAGAUCAUGGUCAAGCCCCUUUUGGACCGGGUCACUGUUCCUAUUGAGGAGGCCCUGGCCGAGGCCAAGCUGAAGCCCGAGGACAUCGACUUCGUCGAGAUGGUUGGUGGCUGCACUCGUGUUCCCUCCAUCAAAGAGGCUGUCUCCAAGUUCUUUAACAAGCCCCUCUCUUUCACUCUCAACCAGGAUGAGGCCAUUGCUCGUGGUUGUGCUUUCAGCUGUGCCAUCCUUUCUCCUGUCUUCCGUGUGCGCGACUUCUCCGUUCACGACAUCGUCAACUACCCUAUCGAGUUCACUUGGGAGCAGUCUGCCGACAUCCCGGAUGAGGACACCAGCCUGACCGUGUUCAACCGGGGUAACGUCAUGCCUUCGACCAAGAUCCUUACCUUCUACCGCAAGCAGGCUUUCGACCUCGAGGCCCGCUACGCCAAGCCCGAAAUGCUGCCCGGCAAGGUCAACCCCUGGAUUGGCCGUUUCUCCGUCAAGGGUGUCAAGGCCGAUGCCAACGACGACUUCAUGAUCUGCAAGCUGAAGGCCCGCCUGAACCUGCACGGUAUCCUGAACGUGGAGUCCGGAUACUACGUUGAGGAUAUGGAAGUCGAGGAGCCCGUGCCUGAGGAGGGCGAGGGUGCCAUGGACACCGAUGCCAAGGACGGUGAGCAGCCUAAGAAGACCCGCAAGGUCAAGAAGCAGGUCCGCAAGGGUGACCUCCCCAUCUCGACCGGCACCACCUCCAUCGAGGAGUCCCUCCGGAACACAUGGACUGAGCGUGAAAACGCCAUGUACAUGGAGGACAAGCUGAUUGCCGAGACCGACGAGAAGAAGAACGAACUUGAAGCCAGCAUCUACGAGCUGCGUGACAAGAUCGACGGCGUGUACUCCGAGUUCGCCAACGAGGAGGAGAAGGAUAAGCUGCGGGCUAAGCUGACUGACACCGAGGACUGGCUCUACGAGGAGGGUGAGGACACCACCAAGUCGGUCUACGUGGCCAAGAUGGAUGAGAUCCGCUUCGUCGCUGGCCCCAUCAUCCAGCGUUACCGUGAGAAGCAGGAGGCCGAAGAGGACGCCAAGAAGGCUGAGGAGAAGGCCGACACCGAAAUGCAGGAUGCCCCGGCCGAGGGCGAGAAGCCCGCUGAGUCCGAGCAGUAAAUUGCUCGACUGGUAGAUAUCGUCUUUCCGUUCCCUCGCCGGGUUGUUAUGGGUUGUCAGUCUGGCCUGAUGGCCAAGUGGGCGGUGGAGGCAGCUGGAGGGACGAAAGACUUAGAUACGACAUGGCGAUGUGGAUAGACCUGCUUGAAAAGUAUAUGAUUGGUAAUAACAGAAUAUAUCAUUGCACAUUCCGUCUCACAAUAUGAACUACCG